AUGGUUGGAUCCACACUUGCUCUGUCUCUCAUCGGCCUCAGCGCCGUCCAGGCCCUGCCCACAGCGAAGACCGUCGAGGAGCGGCAAAUCUGGAUCGGGCCCGGGUCCGGCACCUUCAUCCCCGGCCAGGGUGAGCUGCCUCCCUGCCUAACGGACCAGCCCCUUCAAGGACAGCCGCCCUGCCUCCUCCCUCCCAUCGUCGGCCCCAUCAACCCGAGCACCAAGAGGGAAGUUGGGAAGCGGCAAAUCUGGAUCGGACCCGGGUCCGGCACCUUCAUCCCCGGCCCGGGUGAGCUGCCUCCUUGCCUGGUCGACCAGCCCCUCCAAGGGCAACCUCCCUGCCUCCUCCCACCCAUCGUUGGCCCGAUCGUACCGAGCACGAAGGCGAAGCGGCAAAUUAGCAUUGGGGAUGGCACAGGUGUCUUCAUUCCCGGCCAGGGCGAGGUGCCCAUCUGCUUGACUGAUGUUCCCCUCAACGAGCAGCCCCCAUGCAUGCUGCCGCCUAUCGUGGGCGGGAUUGAGCCAAGCACCAAGAAGCGCGGGUUCGUCCUCCCGCCCGACGCCACCACAAACCCCAAGAAGGUCAUCAUCACGCUCGAGAAGGAGCUCAUCCGGCUGCAGAACAAGAAGAACAAGACCCAACAAGACCGGGACGACAUCGCCGCCAUCAAGGCUGCCCUGAAGUUCCUCGCCGGCAUCACCAACAUCUCGGCGCCCCCCGGAACCGGCUCCACCUUCACUCCCGGCAAGCGUAGCUUCACCCUCCCGCCUGAUGCCCUCACCAACACGAAGGAGGUCAUCAAGACCCUGGAGCGGGAGCUCAUCCGGCUGCAGAACAAGAGGAACAAGUCCGCCGAAGACAUCGACGACAUCGAAGCCAUCAAGGGCGCCCUGUACUACCUGGCCGGCAUCACCAACAUCUCGGCGCCCCCCGGCACCGGCUCAACCUUCACACCGGGCAAGCGCGACGGCGGCUCCGUCAUUCAGUGCCCCAACCUCAACGGCGCCCAGAUCGCCCUCGAGACCCUCAUGCACAAGGACAAGCACACGCCCGAGGAGGCCAUCAUCAUGGAGAAGCUGGCCGCCUUCCUCAAGAGCUGCGGCAUCAUCAUCGUCAAGUCGCCCGAUGGCACCUUCACCACCAUCAAGCCCUCCGACUAG